UCCCUUAGUCGUUGCGCGAGUUUGGCUGCGACCGCACGCAGCACUUUCAGUUUUUAUUUGAGCCGAAAUGGCAACACGACAGCCCGCCCAAGAACUGUUCAGGGUGACCAGGAUGCUAAAGUUCAUCCGAGGCAGGGGCCAACAGCCCACCACUGAGCGCCAGCGUCAGCAGCGCGAAUUGCUCAACUUCAAAAAGACCGUGCAGCACGGCUUUCCUAGCAAGCCAACCGCGCUGGCCUUUGAUCCAGUGCUUAGCUUGUUGGCCAUCGGCACCGCCAGCGGGGCUAUUAAGGUCUUCGGCAAGCCUGGAGUUGAGUUUUACGGACAGAAUGAGGCCUGCGAUGGCUGCGGGGUCAGCAAGAUUAUUUUUCUGGAAGGAGAGGGUCGACUGGUGACCAUUCUGAAUGACAACUCACUCGUCUUGUGGGAGAUUGAGGAGACCAAAUGUGCCAAACUCGUCAAGGUCAGAGCGCUGGCUCUUGAGGGAAAACUGAAGAGAAUAUCAGCGUCAUGCCUGCAGAGUGGCAACCAGCACUUGCUGCUGGGCACAGAAGGUGGAAAUGUGUACCUGUUGAAUACACGCACUUUCCAGAUGGAGGAGAACAUUAUCUAUCAGGAUGUGGUCAUCCAAAAUGUGCCUGAGGAUUACAAGAUUCGGCCGGGCGCAGUGGAGGCGAUGCAAGAAAUGCCAGGCAACUCAAAAAAAUUGCUGAUUGGUUACAAUCGGGGCUUGAUGGUGCUGUGGGACCUUGAGGCACAGCGCACGGAGCAAACAUACAUCAGCAGCCAGGAGCUGCAAGGCUUCAGCUGGCACACAGGCGGCACCAAAUUCAAGUCGGCCCACAACGACGGCAGUCUGGUCACCUGGGACGCUUCGGUCGGAGGACGAACGCCUCUUGAGGAGCCCACCACUGUCUACGGACCCUUCCCCUGCAAACCCAUCUCAAAAAUCAUCUGGCAUGAAAAUAAGGGAGAGGAGCUAGUGAUCUUUGGUGGUGGAAUGCCUCGUGCAAGUCACUCUGAUCGCUACACGGUGUCGGCUAUGAAGGGCCAGGAUGACAAGCAUGUGGUCUUUGACUUCACCUCUCAUGUUGUGGAUGUAGCCCUAGUGUUGCCUGAAAAGGGGGGUGUUGCUGAAGCGCUGAUCGUACUGGCCGAGGAGGAGCUUGUUGUCAUCGACCUUUCCGACCCUGAGUGGAGGAUGAUCCCCUUACCCUAUCUGGUGUCACUGCAUGCGUCUGCAGUCACAUGCCUUCAGAUGGUCAGCCCUGUGCCACAUGACCUCUGGCAACACUUAAAAGAAGCCGGCAGACAAAGCGAAAGCAGCUAUUCGAGCAGCAGUUGGCCUAUUACUGGAGGAAAUCUUACCAAUGACUCAGACAAGAAAGAAGAAGAUUCUAAAGGAAAUGUACAUGAACUUCUUCUUACGGGACAUGAAGACGGCUCAGUACGAUUCUGGGACGCUGACGGAGUUGCCCUUGCACCCCUAUUUAAGUUUAGCUCCGAGCCAUAUUUUUGUACCGGCGACGACUUUGACGAUGACAUUGCUGAUGAUGCUGGAGAUGAGGAAGACUGGCCUCCGUUCAGAAAGGUUGGCUGUUUUGACCCCUACUCAGACGAUCCACGUUUGGCUGUUAAGAAAGUGACCUUAUGCCCCUUCAAGGGCAUUCUAGUGGUCGCUGGCACUGCUGGCCACAUUCUUCUGGUUAAGCUGAAAACCCAAGAUGACCCUCCAAAAAAGAUUAUGAGCACUCUUAUGAACAUAGUGCGGGAUAGAGACGGUUUUGUGUGGAAGGGCCACGACCAGCUAAAAUUAACUGAGAGCAAAAGCAAAGCAAAAAAACAGGCAUUACAGAAGGGCGCCACUGUGGAGGCUCUAGUGCAGCUUCAUCCACCUGCCUCCAUUACUGCAAUCACCCUGAAUUCAACCUGGGGCAUCUUGGCAGCUGGAACUGCUCACGGACUUGCUGUUUAUGACACCACCAGACAUGUCGCUGUCCACACUCGAUGUACUCUGAAUCCAAAUGACAUCUCGGGUGCGGGAGACACACCAAUUUCGCGACGAAAGAGCUUUAAGAAGAGCUUGAGGGAGUCCUUCCGACGCCUUAGGAAGGGAAGGUCGCAGAGAAAUACAAACAAACCUGGAUCUCCAGCAGCGUCCCCUGGUGACAAGGCUGAAAGCUCCCUACCUGGUACGUCAGCUGGAACGUCUGUUGCAUUGUCGAGGCCUGUGGAAAGACAGGUGGAAGCUAGGCCAGUUGAAGAUGCCCUAGGCAGCAUGGUCAGAUGUUUGGCCUUGGAGGACACCUUCCUUGUCAGUCAGCAAGGAACCUCUCCCACUCUUUGGGCUGGCACCAACAGCGGCAAUGUGCUGGUGUUCACAGUAACAGUGCCCAAGGGUGGAAAGCGAAAAGACGAAGACGUUUCCUGCCAGCUCGGCAAAGAAAUUCAACUGAAGCACCGAGCGCCCAUUGUUAAUAUCAUCUUGCUAGAUGGUAUUGGUUCGCCUUUGCCUAUUCCUGGAGAAGUGGAAGCAGGACUGACUCCAACUCCUGACAUCGUUGGUCCCCAUAGAGUGGUCAUUUGCUCUGAGGAACAAUUUAAAACCUUCACCCUACCUACACUGAAGCCCUUCUGCAAGAGCAAGCUGACAGCCAAUGAGGGCUCUAUGCUGAGACGAGCAGCUCCCAUUCGACUAACGCCUUCCAACGUCCGAGCGGAGGAAGCACAGUAUGCCCUCUUUGGGAUAACAAACAUGGGUGAAAUCCUGGCUCUCACCCUACCAGACUUAAGGAGGCUCCUGGCUGUGCCCUGCAUCAAACGAGAAGAUAUCAACGGCAUCACGACUUUGGGUUUCUCUCGAUGUGGUGAGGCAAUCUACCCAAUAUCGUCUAGUGAGCUGCAAAGAGUGAGCAUCGCAACACAGAAGGUGACCCAGCUGCGGUGCCACCUGAGUGGCACAAGCAGGGCAAAGGCGGAGACAAAUGGCAUCAACGGAGACACUGUGUCCGAGAGCGGGACGUCAGAGGCCGGUAGCAAGAAAGAUGAGGCUGUGGGUCUCAAUGUGUCGUCUGGAACGGAAGAGCAGCUGGAGGUUAGCAUUGGAGAAUUGACCCUGGACUCUGUCAGAGAUCACCUAACGUCUAGCACUCCAGGAGCCACGACUUCUACGCCUAAGUCCUCGCCGAACGCUAAUUCCAUGGCAAACUCAUCGCUGGCGGUUGAAAAGAAAGAGACAAUGAAGAAUGGUGGCAACAGUCAAUCCACAGAGCAAAAAGUGCUUGACAGCCCGCCAGAUGCUGAGCUGGAAAACAACGAAGAUGCUCCCGAGCCACCGCACACAGAGAUUAAUGGAAGCGCAGUGGAUGUUAAAGCCCCUUUGGCAAUCUCCGAGGACCUGUAAGGCUAGGCUCAGAUCGAAAAGACUUCUCUCCGAUUCCAGCCGAUGGAUCUUUUUGACGCAUUCUUUCGCUCCUCCCACUUUCCAAUAGUUUACAACCUCCAUCGCCUCUCUCACACAAUAUGCUCUGAGGCGAAGGGACAAAUUUUACUAACGAAAGAUGCUUAGAAUUAAAUUAUGUAACAACAUGAGUGGCGCAUAUUAAUAUAAUAUAUUUUAAACUCGCAAUGUAUGGCAAAAGGUCGCAAUUUAAUAUGAAUUAAUUUGACCCUGAAGAAGCAAGACAAGUCGAGAAGUGGCGGCUCUGUUGUUUCCUAUUAAAAUUAAAAUUUGGCUUUAAAAGUGUACCUAGACUUGUUGCAAAACCCAAAGUUUGGAAAAUGAAGAUGUGUUUGUUUUUAUCUUUGUUGCACAGCACACAGCUUGUUUGUAUUGAUUCUGUCGCACGCCACCUGCAAGCUUCAUGGCAGAAAUUUUAAUUUAGGGAUGGUUGAUCCAUGAUCAACUAAAUUUUUUGCUGUAAAUAUAACGCACCCUGACUGGUGGUAGAACUGUUGUAACCACUUAAUUAUUAUAAUCUAAAGUGUUUCUCUUAUUAAGAAGACAGAAAAUUUUGGAUAUUUUUCUAACAAUACCAAUAUUCAGUAUUUCGUAUUCUAAGAUAAAUACUAUGUAUGUGCGACCAAUCGAAAAAUGCUUUUUGUGGCAAAAAAAGAGUGAUCGGUCAAGUGGCAACGACAAAGUAUAAUUAUAUUUUGUGUUACGAUGAUUGGUUUAGCAAUUAUUAUUUCAUGUACUUAGAAGAAACGUGGUAUAGCUUUUAUGGUACAUGUGGCUUUUGAAGCAGAGAGCAGCUUUUUUUGUAUUCACAUAUACGCAGCAGAAACUCGAAACACAUAUACACGCAUCACCUUGUUUAUAAAGAAGUAUAGCUUUAUAUCUCUACCAACCAUAUCCAUAUUAUGUUUCAUGAUUUCUAGUAUCGCUUGCCUAAAGUAGGAAAUUAUUUUUACCAUUCUGAUACACAGAAAAAUGUUAAUUGAAUUUACAUUUAUUAAUGAAUGUUAUUUUGAAUAAACAAAAAGUUUUAACCUAAU